UUGAGUGCGCAGUGAAAGGAAUACUCCCCAUUGGACUGAUGUAGUGAGCCUUCAUAACAAAAGCCACACCGCUCAUGUCCAGAGAGGUACGGCGCCCUGUAAACUAUAGGACGCGUCGAUGGGAACAUUCGCGGCUGAAAAAUUGCGAUAUUGCGAAGAACUGCAACAAACUUUCUCUUUGAAUCAUUUAUUCACCCCCUCCCCCCGAUUUCUUCCCUCUUACAUGAGAAAACACUGGGUACUUUGAGCAUGGGAAACCUCUCCUCUGACCAGGGCAGUGAGCUGUAAAUUCAACACUGAGACGAUCUGUGACUGGCUGGGAGAUGGCAGAUAUACUGGAGCUGCGGACAGAUGGAAAUUCACUCCUGAAGGCGGUCUGGCUCAAACGCUUGAGACUCACCAGGCUCCUGUUGGAAGGAGGCGCAUAUAUCAACGAGAGCAAUGAACGUGGAGAGACACCACUCAUGGUGGCCUGCAUGUCCACACACACUGACCAGCAGAGUGUGAGCAAGUCAAAGCUGGUGAAAUAUUUGCUGGACAACCAGGCAGACCCCAACAUACAGGACAAAGCUGGUAGGACGGCUCUAAUGCAAGCCUGCAUCUACAAGGCUGGACACGAGGUGGUGGAUCACCUGCUGAGCAAUGGAGCUGACCCCAGUCUGGAGGACAGGAGCGGGGCCUCAGCCCUGGUCUACGCCAUCAAUGCCGACGAUAAGGAGACACUAAAACUGCUCUUGGAUGCGUGCAAAGCCAAAGGCAAGGAGGUCAUCAUAAUCACCACAGACAAGUCGCCAUCUGGCACUAAAACGACCAAACAGUACCUAAAUGUCCCCCCAUCACCAGAGAUGGAUGAGAAGUCCUCCCCAGCAUACUGCACCUCUCCGUCUGAUAUCAACGUCACUGCAUCGCCCACACCUGAGCAAGAGCAACAAAACACAGUUUUCAGUUUCCAGACCAAGCUGAAAACCUCCAGUUCAGCUGCAAAGCUCGCCAACGGGCCCACGUCUCCAACGCGCCGGCCUGCAAACCCCAAACGUGCACGUUUGCCUCAGCUGAAGAGGCUGCAGUCAGAGCCUUGGGGGCUGAUUGCUCCCUCAGUCCUGGCUGCAGCCGCCCAUGAGGAGAGCAAAAAAGCCACCUCUGAUGAGGAUGUCAUCGCAGGGGUUAACGGGCUCUCUCUGAAUAAGAGGUCAGCUUUAUCUCGACAGAGCAGUGUGGAUGGAAAGGACAGCUUUUUCCCGCUGGUGGGUGAACAACACUGCAAAAUGACAACCUCGAUAUCAGUUCCUCCAACGUCCAAAGCCUCAUAUGAGAGAUCUCUGGGCCAGCACCAGCCGCUGGCACGGCGCAGCACUGUGCCCACGGAGCAGGAGAGCAGCAGUUGCAGCAGUGGACUUGCCAGUCUGAGAGACACAGUGCAUAAGAGACAUCUGGGGAACGAUCACUAUGACUCAGACUCACAGCUCUACUCAGGCUCUGCCAUGUUAGACUCUCCUAAGGUCCCAGUGGAGCGAAGGAAACUGAACACUUCUCCUCUAGCGAUGCUAACUAGCUCCAGAGAAUCUCUCGACAGCAACGCCAGCACGUCCUCUCCAAGCACAGCACACAGACGUGCACCAGGCCUCCUGGAGAGGAGAGGCUCGGGCACGCUGCUGCUGGACCACAUCUCCCACACCAGGCCCGGCCACCUGCCUGCUCUCAACAUCAACCUGAACCCUCCCAUCCCUGACAUCGGGGCUAGUAGCAAGCCCUCCUCACCUCUGGCCACAGGUAUUAGAUCUAUAGCUCCAGUAGCACCAAACACACCAAAGAGAGGUGGCCUCAAGUCCAAGAAAAUACUUGUGAGAAGGCACUCUAUGCAAGUGGAGCAGAUGAAGCAGCUUUCUGAUUUUGAAGAGACAGCUCAUUAGUUUGUGAUGGUGUUUAUGCAGCACAUAUUGUGGGAGUAGAACUGUUAGCAACAUAAAUUGUCAGGAAGUACAUCCAUAGGUUCCGCUGUGUAGACUCACAGUCAUCUAGAUGUUGAAUAAUGUAUAAUUUAUAAAAGAUAAUAUAUAUAUAUAUUGAAACUGAGCAAUAUAUAUAGACUUCUUCCCUGUGUUACACCCAACCUUAAGUUUUAUCAUAUUUUGACUUCACAACAUCUGCUGUAUAUGUAUUACAGUUUUGAAUGUAAAUGCCAAGACAUGGUACUAUUCCUCUGAACUAGCUCUAUUACAUGGUAAUGUAAUGCGUAGGGAACAUACAGGGUCCAUUUGUAGCCAGCAGGCCACUUGGGUGCACAUUGUGCAAAUGUAAUUAGAACCAUUAAUGGAUUUUUUUUAUUUUAAAAGAAAAUGUGAUGCACUUGUCUGAGAUGUAGCUUUGAGUAAGAUGAGAUUUUACUGUUUGUAGCAAAUUUGUACAAAGUGCCUUCAAGAUAAAGAAACCUAAAAAAAAAAAAAGAGAGUGGACAGAUACAUUUAAUGUAUUCGGAGCAUUUUUAAUUCAUGAUGAUGUAACCAAAAUGUGUUUUAUUUCAAUAUUGUUGGUGUCACAUGAAAGAAAAUGAAUAUACGUGAUGUGAAUGAAUGAAAAACAUGCCUUAACAAACAGGUAAAAUGAUGGGCUAUGUAUAACAGCACUUUAUUGCCCAAGAGGAAAAAAAAAAUGAAAAUGUUGCGCUCAACAGUGUUUCAAAAAACCUUCAAAGCACAUGUAAUUCUUAUAUGAUGAAAUCAAGUAACAAAAAUGAUAUUCGAGCCCUUCGUCAACACAGGCAGUGGUGAAACUUGUCAAUUUAAAAUGUCAUUUCACGCUAAUGGCAAUCAAAAGAUCUUACUGCUUCCAUGUAACUUACCUGUGCAGCAUUGCUACUGUUUAAGAAAAAAGAAAACAUAAUCAAAUCCAUAGUAUUUUUGCAAUUAGUUUGUUGUAUAUUCUGAAUAAAUGUCUAUCACUUGUGA